AUGUACAAGAUUAGCAUCAAGAAUACUGUCGGCGCCGGCAAGAAGCGCUCUUAUUGCGCUAUCGCCUUACCACCGAAUGUGUCGGAUGUUGCUCUUGAUGAUGUGUUGCUGCCAGUACUCUACACUACUGAAGAGGUGCUUCACAACGCAAAAGAAUCCAUCAAAUUUCAACAUGAAUACUUCGCCUUCGUGGGAAAAUUGGUCAAGUCGGGCAGCAUCCAGCAAAUUGAUUAUGGGAUGAGUGUCCCUGUCAAACUGGGGUCUGCCCAGGACAAUGGCCAAAUCACAGAGGCAUAUUUCGACGGCACCUCCAUUGGAAUCACGGAGGCAAACGAUCAAUCGCAACUGGCACCUCAAGGAUCUUUCAUGAUUUGCUGCAGAAAAGAUCCUCCUGUUGGCUCAAAACACACCUAUGUUGUUGGACUGGCGCAACGCCUCGCUGAGGGAGACGAAGACCCAACUCCCAUAGCGGCCAUACCUUAUAUAGGGAGGAAAGAUUACAAGAUUCAGCCGUCCAGAAAGAUUGGUGUAUGCGGAGCUUCGAUGAACAUGAAAACUGGAGUUGUAGUCAAUCACUCGCAGAAAGUUGCGGUGAUUAACUUUCCAGAUGGCAGAUCCGACGUCACGGUGGCCGAAGACGGAAACGAGGAUUUUACCACGUCGGGACAGAAGAUUCCGAAGAAAUCACUAGCCGACCUUGUUCUUGGUGUGCGUCCAGCUCAACCAAAUCCUCCGUUUCAAUAUUCAUAUUCACAACCCAAAGCGAACACCACAGGGCCACCACCCAAGUGGAAGGCCGAGGCAGAUGCGCUUGGUCUCAGUUCCCUUACUCAGUUGCAAUCCUACCAUUUUCUUACCAAGUACAACAAGACCCAACUCGCUGGAUUUCAUGAAGACGAGAAGUUGAAAGCCAUAGCAUUAAAAGCAGAUGAAUGGCGCACAAAGAUCGCGGAAAAUGACGAUUUAAGAGACGAAUUCCUGGACGACCUUCUCGUCUUGGCGCUAUUUCGGUGCAUACUCUUUCUAGACAACUCUAAAUCAAUCGACUGGGAGCCAGAACGGGGCCGACAGCGCCGUGACAUUAGUGCAAAUAUUGUCAGUGUUGAAACCAUAUAUCAGAACACCAACGACGUACGCGUUGAGUUCUUGAAUGGCGACAUACGUGGGGACCGUGUCUCAACAGCAGCCGAAGUUACGCAACUGCUCGACGACAUCACCAACUUUGGCAAAACACCGAUUGGCACUGAACUUGACAAUAAGAUUUUGAGCAAGUACGUGUAUCCGCCGUUGGAAAGUAAGGGGAAGUUCCACCCCAUGAUCAUUUCCAUAAUCACCGACGGAGAUCCACAAGGAGAACACAGAGACACACUGAAGAAGAAAAUCCAGGCUUGCAAAAAAAAGCUGAAUGACAGGGAGAAAACCCUUGUCGGUGACAAACAUGUGCUUUUUCAAAUUUCGCGAGUUGGAAACGACAGCGGGGCCGUAAAAUUCAUCAAUGAUCUCAAAUCAGACCCGGAGUUGAAGAACAUACUUCAUUGCACGUCAUACCAGCACUUGGGCUUUGAGCCGGAUGCAGAUGACCCCGUCAACACAUACGCGCCAGCUGUUACGAGGCUUGCCGGCGCAGCCUUUGUUGGACUCAAGCGCAAUGCAAAGGGAGUUUUUGAGUUUCCAGAGAGCUGA